GUGGUGAGAGUGGAAAAAUGGAUAACCCCUACAAGCACCAAGAUAAUUUCGACAAGAGAUUCAAGUUGACGUUAAAUAAACUGUACGCGUGGAGCCUAGUUGAUUACGACAGGGUGGUCAUGUUGGAUGCUGACAACCUCUUCCUUCAUAACACCGAUGAGUUGUUUCAAUGUGGACAAUUCUGCGCCGUCUUUAUCAACCCCUGCAUCUUCCACACCGGCCUCUUUGUCUUGCAGCCAUCAAUGACGGUGUUCAAGGAUAUGGUUAAUGAAUUGGAGAUUGGAAGAGAAAAUCCGGAUGGUGCGGACCAAGGUUUUAUAUCUAGUUACUUCCCGGAAUUGCUUGAUCGGCCACUGUUUCAUCCGCCUCCAAACGGCACCAAGCUUGAGGGAACAUAUAGGCUUCCUUUAGGAUAUCAGAUGGAUGCUUCGUACUACUAUCUGAAGCUACGAUGGAGCAUCCCUUGCGGACCAAAUAGUGUGAUCACAUUCCCUGGGGCACCCUGGUUAAAACCAUGGUAUUGGUGGUCGUGGCCUGUUCUGCCAUUAGGCCUCCAGUGGCAUGAACAACGUCGUCAAACUUUGGGGUAUAGUGCAGAGAUGGCGGUGGUACUGAUCCAGUGUGCGAUAUACAUAGGAAUAAUAGCAAUGACCCGUUUGGCGAGGCCGAGUCUCUCAAAGCUGUGCUAUCGGCGAUCCGAUAAGAGCAUUAACUUAGUGCAGAACAGCCUCAAGUUGGUAGCAUUUUGGUGCAUACUUGCAGCCUAUAUAACUCCAUUCUUCACCAUUCCUCACACGGUUCACCCUCUUCUGGGAUGGUCUCUGUAUUUGCUCGGUUCUUUCGCUCUGUGUUCGAUCGCCAUGAAUGCGUUUCUUCUUCCAAUUUUACCAGUUUUGGUCCCAUGGUUAGGUAUUAUUGGAGUGCUCUUAGUUAUGUCAUUUCCAUGGUAUCCAGAUGGUGUAGUCAGAGCUCUGGCCGUCUUCGCUUAUGCCUUCUGCUCUGCACCAUUUCUGAGCGUAGCCGUAUCGAGGAUAAAUGCAGCUCUUCAGUUAACUCUUGAGAGGGAAGCUUUCUUGCCCAGACUGGGAGAAUCCACUCCUCCUUCUGGGUUUAACAAGCUUUACUGAAAUUGAGCAGUACCCAUUUGUGCAUAAUACAGUGACCGCCACAAUCAAUGAUUUUUUCCUGCAGACAACACACCGUCGGGACAUGGGGGCUUUGGGGCAUGAGAUCAUUCGCAUUCUUUCGGAACUGAUUGCUAUUUUACCUUUUUGCUUCAUGGUGUGCUUGAUUGGCUCCAGUCUUGUGUAGUUGUAAAAUUAUUGAGCAGUGGCCAGAUUUGGGUAUUAUUACUCAUGAGUCCUUGUAUAAACUCUAGAUUGGUAUCUAUAUUAGUAUAUAAAUUCUUCCCGUCAUGGAAGAAACCUUCGCCUCAA